UUCUUUCUUUCCGGUACGGGACGUUGUCAAGUGUGCUUGUUCUCUUAAUCGAGCUAAGGCCGAAUAUAUAUUAUAAAUAAUAAUUUCUGGCGACUUGCACCAUUAAUUAAUAAAACAUUUUGGAAAUAUGUCUAACAAAGCCGAAUUAUCUUGUGUUUAUGCUGCACUCAUCUUGGUUGACGAUGAAGUAGCCAUCACUGGUGAAAAAAUCCAAACCAUUUUGAAAGCUGCUAAUGUCGAAGUGGAACCCUACUGGCCCGGUCUCUUCGCCAAGGCUUUGGAAGGUGUCAACAUCAAGGACUUGAUCACCAACAUCGGCUCUGGCGUUGGUGCUGCUGCUCCCGCUGGCGGUGCUGCCCCUGCAAGUGACGCUGCUCCAGCUGCUGAAGCCAAAAAGGAAGAGAAGAAGAAGGAGGAAGAACCUGAGGAAUCCGAUGACGACAUGGGCUUCGGUCUCUUUGAUUAAACUGUUGUUGCUGCAUUUGCAAAUUGUAUUUUGUAAAAAUGUGUGCCUACGGCGUAUUUCUGUUUGUACACGUUUUAUUGUACAAAUUUUAAAUUAAAGCAACAAUUUUUUACAUAAACGUAAA